AAGAAUUUAACACCACACCCCUCCCUCUCAUAACAAAAGUAAACGCACAUUCCUCAUCAUCACUUCUUGUAUUCUAGUACAACAAUACAUCAAUAUCCUUUAUUUUAGAUCGUGUGGUUAAUUUCGUUUCCCUUUUCUUAAAUUCCCAGAAAACUUUUGUUCUGUUUCAACCGUCUCAAACUCUACGUGAACCAAUUCUGAUUCUGUUUCUUUAUUGUUUCCAACCAUACAAAUUUUCCCUCUUUCUGUUUUCUCUCACUCUCUUUUCGAUUCAUUUAAAUUUUAUACCAACUUUUCGUUUCAUCUUCAUGUUCUGUUUGUUUCCCCUGUUUUGUUUUUCUCUCUGUGUUAAAUUGAAUUGAACCGAUGUUUUGGUUCCUCCAAAAUUAAAAACUUUGGAGGAAUUUGAGAAUUGGGUUGUGAUUUUAUGCCAAUUAGAUCAAAUGGGUUUGUGUCAAGUUUGUAGAUUUUCCUGAAUUUAGGGUUGAAUUUUUCAAUUUUUUUUUGGAGGAGUAUUGUUGUUGAUGGUGAUGGAUACUGUGUCUAAGAAGGAUGGUGUUAAUGGGUGUGUCAAGAAGCCUCUGGCUGUGGCUGUGGCUGUGGCUUCUUUGGAAAUGGAUCGUAAACAGGAUGAAGAUCGUGUAAAUGGAAAAAAUGAUAGUGAUUCGAAUUCUUUGUCGACACUCCCCAGAAAAGGAGGAAUGUCACGGAAAUUGAAUAAGAGUAAGACAAGUAGGAGAGUGCAGUGGAAUGAUAUGAUUGGAAACAAGCUUGUUGAAGUGUUGGAAUAUGAACCAAGUGAUGAUAGUGACUCGGAGGAUGACGACUCUUGUCUCUGCUCAUUAAUGUAGAGAGGAUCCUGAUAACCUGUCUCAAACUGAGUAGAUCGAGGGGAAACAUUAUUAAGGCUGCUAGAGCCUGAAUUUGACGCGCUAAUAUAAUGAUUAGUACCUACUCUCCAAUAACCAAGACAAACAUCUCAUUGUGAUUGCCAUUGUUUGGAUCUAGUUCCUCUGAUCAGGUUUUGACAAUUUCUUAGGUGGAAUCCGUGCCAGUUCUCUACGAAGAUCAAACUAAACACGCGGCAUCCGUCAAUUUUGAUUAAGACUGUGCUGAUAGGAGCACGGCUUCCAUGUAUAAAAACUAAAUGAGCAUUUUCAUGCUUCUCUAAGUAUUUGACAUUCAAUUGCUGUUCAUGCUGUAAAUGGUAGAGGUGGUACCUCGGACUUUUUUCUGUUUAUUAUUUUCCUAGUCACUCAAUAUACAGAAUGAAUUUUAAUGACAAGCACUUGUACUCGUGUAAUUCUGCUACAAGGGUUCUUUGGUUCUGUCUGUUCCAUUGCUGUAGAAUCAGCUUGUGCUAAUGGAGUUUAUACAGUUAUACUUUUCAAAUAUCAACCUAUUUUUUCUAAGAUUGUCUACAGAAAAAACCACUUUUAACUAUUUCAAAGAUUGCUUAGUAGCUCCAUAACACCGACACCUCUGAAAAUGGGUGUGUCAGUGUUUUGUCGAACAUUGACACCGACACUUGUAAUUACGUUCAACUUAUUCGUAUUUUCCAAAUUAUUACUAAUCUUGAUGUAUCAAUGUCGUGUCCGUGU